AUGACGAAUUCGCCGAAUGAAACCAUUGCGGCCUAUAUAUAUUUUGAUGGACGUGCCAAGGAGGAGGUUGCGACAUUGCUGCGCCCUGGCGAAGAGACUUGGGUCAAUAGUCGUUGGGUACAAGUCCCCGAGUCAGAAGGCGGCGGCCUUGCAGAGAGAGAAUUUCUCUUUAGGGAAGUUGGCUUGGAGCGCUGGCUUAACGGGCUGGAUCUCCAGGGCGACGACGCCCAGGCCAAGAUUGAGCGCCGACGAAAGAAGUUUGAAAAGCGCCGAAGGCGCCAGAGGCGUGAUGAGGAGCUAGCCGAGUCCAAUGGAAACCCUCUGUCGGACGACGAUUCGGACUCUCUCUCCGACGAUGACGAGCCGCCCGAAGCCACGGGACAGAUCAAGGUGUCCAUGUUCAGAGUGCUCGCGUCGGGAGAGAUCAAGAAGGGCGAAUACUCACCCCAGUUUGACGCCCAUGAUGAUGACGAGGACGACCUCGAUACCGUGGCCGCCGAGAGUAGCAAUUCGCUUGCUGCCGAUGUUGAGCACACCACUAGCUUUGCGAAGCCCAAAACCUUGGAUCCCAGCACGAUUAGCACUCAGACUGUCACGGGUAUUGAUGGGCCCGACAAGCCCUACGCAACGUUUACUUUCUUCUACCGUGGCGAGCGUCAACUCCAAAAGAUUGGCGUCUUAUCGAAAAACAAUGCACCAAACACACCGGGCGGAUCGAAACGUCGUUCUGCGCAGCUCGACUUUUCGACGCUUGGUCCCCUCAAGACAGGAGGCACUGUCGGGUUUUCGGCUUUCCGUGACGCAGAACGGGACGCUAACAGCCGCAAGAAGGCUCGUAAAAAGUCAAACGGCAACGUGGGCGGGCUAGACGAUGAUAGUGACGAUGAUGAUGAUGACGACGACGAGAUCCUCGGGAACAUGGUGGAUGUAGAUGAGAAAGAAUCCAACACACCCGCUGGUGAUACUGCUAUUCCUAAAGAGCUGGCUGACGGUGUCGACCGAAUGAGGCUUAAACGGGCUCACUCGGCGGACCCGGACAGUCCCGCGGCUGCAGCUGCCGCAGCGGCCUCUAAUCCAACAAGCACGACAUCAACAGCAGCGGCCGGCCUGCUUCAGCCGUCGCCACUCAGUAGGGAUGCCGUGUCGACUAAGAAUGCCUCAACUCCUGGCCCCGUAGCUUCUGCGGUGCCGCCUAGCACCAAACCUGAUGACACUUCUGUUCUCGGUAGCCCGAUGAAAAGACAUCGUCCCAGUAUCAGCGGCCCUGCAGAUAAUGGGCCUACAGCGUCUGGUGGCGAAGAGGAGGAACUCUUGGGCGUCACAUGGAUGCUCGAGGCCAUGUGGACCAAGCCCGAAACUAAUCCAACGUCAUCGGGCAAGCACCCCACGAUGAUUGAUGCCACGCCGCCUACGGGAAUGCCAGGAACCGACUGCACAGAUCCAGCGUGUAUCGUACACACCGAAGAACCGGGUGCGAGCCACUAA